UUUAUGAUUUUGUUUGGUAUAUACGAUUGCGAAAGGCUGGAACAUAGGAGGAAGUGUCCUCUCAUCUCCACGAAGACUCUUAUCAUUUUGUAGCUUGUAAGUCCGCUCUUUCAUCAUUUAUUGACAAUAAUCAUGUCAUUUGCUACCGACGGUGGCAGGGAACCUGAACCUUCUACCUCCGCCCCUGCUUCCGCCUCCACCUCCAUCUCCACCUCCGUUGGAUGGUCACAGCCAUGCCGUAACUUCGAAUUUCCUGAAAUUCUAUUAGCAACAGAAAACUUUGACGAAUCAUUAGUAAUUGGGCGUGGGGGUUUUGGGAAAGUUUACAGAGGUAAAAUUAUCAAUGGAUCAAGUUUUGUCGUUGCUGCCAUUAAACGGUUGGAUUCCAUGUCCAAUCAAGGCGCAGCAGAAUUCUGGGCAGAAGUCGAUAUGCUAUCCAAAUUGCGUCACUGUCACCUUGUAUCUUUGAUUGGUUACUGUAAUCAUGGGAAAGAGAUGAUCCUUGUGUACGAAUAUAUGCCUCAUGGAACACUCGAAGAUCAUCUCCACAAACUUUCUACUCCUCUUUCAUGGGUUCAGCGACUCAAGAUCUGCAUAGGUGCAGCUCGUGGGUUGGACUACCUCCACACUGGUACAGGUAUUGGGUUGGGUGUUAUACAUCGCGAUGUCAAGAGCUCAAAUAUAUUGUUACAUGAGACAUGGGCAGCUAAAAUUUCGGAUUUCGGGUUGUCUAGAAUCGGUCCAACUAAUCAGCCAUCUACUUACGUGAACACUCUUGUUAAAGGAACUUUUGGGUAUCUUGAUCCCAACUAUUUUACAACCGGAAGGCUUACCAGGAAGUCUGAUGUGUAUUCUUUUGGGGUGGUAUUGUUGGAGGUUCUGUGUAGGAAGCGUGCAGUGGAUAAAAGUCUUGAUGAGGAGCAAUGGGGUUUAGUGGGAUGGGCUCAAGAGUAUAUCAAGGAGGGAAAACUGAAGCAUAUAGUUGAUUCUGAUAUAAGGGAUCAAAUAUCCACAAAAUGUUUGAAAGAGUUUAUUGGAAUUACAGAGAGAUGUUUGCUCAGCAAUCCAAAGCAGCGACCUAUGAUGACUGAGGUUGUGUUCAGUCUUGAUUGUGCUCUCACCUUACAAGAGAAAACCAAUACUUCUUUACAGGCUGCAGGCAAAACAAUAUUCAGUAGAAUGGUUGAUAUGCUUCCGUUUCCAUCCAGUGGUGGGGAGAACUCUGCGCAUAGUGAUCCAAAGCUAUCAAGUAAUAACAAUGGUGAUAUGUUUUUGGAAGUUCCUAAUUCAAGUUUGAAAGUAUUCAAGUUUGCUGAUUUAAAAAAAGCUACAAGCAACUUUAGUGAUGAUUUGGUCUUGGGCCAGGGAGCUUUUGGAAAGGUGUUGUUAGGUUGGAUUGACAAGAAAACAUUUGUUCCUUCAAGAAAUGGUGUUGGGAUUCCUGUUGCUGUUAAAAGGUGCAGUGCAUCAAGCACUCAUGGACAUUCUGAAUGGCUAUCAGAGGUACGCUUCUUAGGAUGCUUGGCUCAUUCCAAUAUUAUUAGUCUCUUGGGGUACUGCAAUCAUGAACAAGAAUACUUACUUGUUUAUGAGUACAUGCAAAACCGAAGUUUGGAUCGCUUUUUGUACAGAAGUGCACAUGUUAGGGCUCAACCACUAUCAUGGAAAACACGUCUUAUCAUACUGAUAGGAGUAGCCCGUGGACUCACUUAUGUUCAUUCGUCAAAAGAUGAAAUCAUACACCGUAAUGUUGAAAGCUCUAGUAUAUUGUUGGAUCAAGAUUUUAAUGCAAAACUAGGAGGUUUUGGGUUGGCAAGAUCUGGCUCUGAAAGCGGGAAAACACAUGUUAGUACACGUGUUGUGGGCAACAAUGCUAUUCUAGCCCCAGAGUAUGUAGCAACUGGACAUCUUAGUGUGAAAUGUGACAUCUACAGUUUUGGAGCAGUGUUUUUAGAAACAUUAACAGGAUUAAAGGCUAACGCCAUCAUGGUUCGUUAUGAGACACACGAUUUGGCAAAAUGGGUGAGUCUAAUCCUAGAAAAAAGAAGAAAGCUAAAGUUAAUUAUUGAUCCAUCUCUUGAUCAUAAUUACCCUCAAGAAGGUGCUUUUGCAUUGCUUACACUAGCAUCAAAAUGUUUUGCAAACCAACCUAAGGAUAGGCCAUCAAGUGAAGAAGUUUUGCUGAAUUUGGAACAAAUAUAUACUGCUAACGAGUAUUGAAAGAUGGAUGAAAUCUUGAUGAUUCCUAUUAUUAAUCAAUUUACCAAUUGCUAUCUCUUCCUCAGUGGGUCCUAUAUGUUACAUGUAUGGUUCUAUAAAGCUUUUAGAAGAAUAUUGAAUAUCAAAAUGUAGAAUAGGAUGCUUCCAUUCAUUCAUAAAUCAUGUUGCAUGUUUGUAAGUUCUCCUCUCAAAGGCAAAUAAUCAAGAGAACGUUUAAAGAGA